AGACCUGAGUAAUCGAUCCCAGCUCACAGGCAGCGAAGAGCAAUGUUUUCAUGCCUGCUGACGACUUGGGCUAGUCACUCUGCCAUGGCGCCCGUAAUGUCGCUGAUUAAGGAGGGGACAUCGUAGCAUCUCCUUUUUUUUAUAUCGCUUUGGUUAACGGUAUAUCGUGCAUUUUGCUACUUCUGGUUUGAAUUGAACAAAAUUUCCCACUGAACCGGCCAUGACCGUGGAGCAGAAUGUCCUCCAGCAGCAUUCUCAGAAGCACCAGCAGACACUACUGAACCAGUUGAGAGAGGUCACAGGCACCACAGAUGUACAGCUGCUUCAGCAGGCCCUGCAGGUGAGUAAUGGAGACCUGGGUGAAGCCGUGGCCUUUCUGACAGAGAAGAAUGCCAAGGUUCCUCAACAAGAUGAGACUACUUACUACCAGACGUCCCAGGUAGCCAGCGACAGAUACAUCAGCGUGGGCAGCCAGGCAGACACGAACGUGAUUGACCUGACUGGAGAUGAUAAAGAUGACUUGCAGAGGGCCAUUGCCCUCAGCUUGGAGGAGUCCAACCGGGCAUUCAGGGAGACGGGCAUCACUGAUGAAGAGCAGGCCAUCAGCAGGGUUUUGGAGGCCAGUAUAGCAGAAAACAAAGCGAGUCUGAAGCGCACUCACACAGAGGUAUGGAGCGACUCACCCAACCCACACGACAGGAAGAGGAUAGACAACUGCCCCGUGGGUCUGAAAAAUGUCGGCAAUACCUGCUGGUUCAGCGCAGUCAUUCAGUCUCUGUUCAACUUGCUCGAGUUCCAGAGGCUGGUGCUCAAUUACUCGCCGCCAGCCAGAGUCCACGACCUGCCUCGUAAUCAGAAGGAGCACAGGAACCUGCCCUUCAUGCAGGAGCUGAGGAACCUUUUCUCUCUCAUGGUGGGCUCCAAGAGGAAAUAUGUAGAUCCAUCACGAGCUGUGGAAAUCCUCAAAGAUGCCUUUAAGUCGAGUGAGUCACAGCAGCAGGAUGUUAGUGAGUUCACCCACAAGCUGCUGGACUGGUUGGAGGAUGCCUUCCAGAUGAAGGCAGAAGAAGACAGGGAGGGUGAGAAGCCAAAGAACCCAAUGGUGGAGCUUUUCUAUGGUCGUUUCCUUGCUGUGGGUGUCCAUGAAGGUAAAAAAUUUGAAAACACAGAGAUGUUUGGACAGUACCCUUUGCAGGUCAAUGGGUUCAAGGACCUACACGAGUGUCUUGAGGCAGCAAUGAUCGAGGGUGAGAUCGAGUCCCUGCACUCAGCAGAGAAUUCUGCCAGGUCUGGACAAGAACACUGGUUCACAGAACUCCCUCCUGUUUUGACCUUUGAACUGUCAAGAUUUGAGUUCAACCAAGCACUCGGACGUCCUGAGAAGAUUCACAACAAGCUCGAGUUCCCCUCUAUGCUCUACAUGGAUAGGUACAUGGACAGGAACAGGGAAAUAACCAGGAUCAAGAGGGAGGAGAUCAGACGGCUGAAAGAGCAUCUGACACUCCUCCAACAGCGACUGGAGAGGUAUCUGAGUUACGGCUCAGGCCCCAAGAGGUUUCCUCUGGCAGAUGUCCUCCAGUACGCCAUGGAGUUUGCGUCCAGCAAACCAGUGUGUACCUCCCCAGUGGAAGACAUUGACACAUCAGCACCCCCUGGUGGAACAACAGGACAACAACUGCCACCACCAAGCACAGCUGAGCAAGACUCCUUACCUCCUCUGGAGAGCUCGGGCCUUGCGUCAGGUCCCGCCACUGCUCCCUCUGCAGCCCAGCAGCAGAGAGUACCCAUUCAUAAGCCCUUCACGCAGUCCCGUCUACCCCCCGACCUCCCCAUGCACCCUGCCCCACGCCACAUCACCGAAGAAGAGUUAAGAGUGCUUGAGGGCUGCUUGCACCGUUGGAGGAGUGAAGUGGAAAAUGACACUCGUGAUCUGCAGGGCAGUAUUACCAGAAUUCACAGAACCAUUGAGCUGAUGUACUCGGACAAAUCUAUGAUGCAGGUUCCAUAUCGGCUUCACGCAGUGUUGGUCCAUGAAGGCCAGGCCAAUGCAGGCCACUACUGGGCUUACAUCUAUGACCCACAUCAGCGUUGCUGGAUGAAGUACAAUGAUAUUUCAGUGACAAAGUCGUCCUGGGAGGAGCUUGUCAGGGACUCUUUUGGAGGCUACCGCAAUGCUAGUGCCUACUGUCUCAUGUACAUCAAUGACAAGAAGCCAUUUCUCACAGAAGAGGAGUUUGACAAAGAAACGGGGCAGAUCCUCAGCGGCAUGGACAAACUGCCGCCUGACCUGAAGCAGUAUGUGAAGGAGGACAAUGAACAGUUCGAUAAGGAGAUUGAAGAGUGGGACAUCAUGCAGGCUCGCAAGGCCCAACAGGAGAAGCUGGCACUGGCCACAGCAGCGGCCGCCGCUGCUUCUGCGGCAUCCAGCACUUCCACUUCCUCCUCUUCCCCUCAGCCCAUGAGUAUUGAGUCCAGCCCUCCAGACAAUGCAGUGCCCCAGCAGGAUCCUGAGUACAUGGAGCAGCCAUCACCCACGAAUGACUCCAAGCACCUGCAGGAGGAUACAGAGAGGGCCAUCUCCAGGGCUGCUGCUGAACAGGAGGAGAGGAGCCCUGAAGCGUUACUAAAUGCUUCUCUUCCCCCUCCCACCUCCCCUCAGCCUGAGGUCCAGAUGAACACUCCCGUAACCCCCCCUCCUGACCUGGUCACAGAGGAUGAGUCCCCUGGCCAGCGCACAGUCGAGGUGGCCAUUCCUAAUGUGGGGACAUUUGUCAUUGAGUCAGAGGAGGGGGGGUAUGAUGAUGAGGCGAUGAUGACCCCCGACAUGCAGGGUGUAAUUAUGGCCAUUGGCAAAUCCAGCAGCGUGUAUGAAAAGAAUGGGCCCGAGGCGGCCUUUUUUAAGGCCAUCAAGUUGGAGUAUGCACGUCUCUUGAGAUUUGCCCAAGAAGACACGCCGGUUGAGAAUGACUACCGACUACAGCACAUCAUCGUUUACUUCAUCCAAAACCAGGCACCCAAGAAGAUUCUGGAGAGGACUCUGCUCACACAGUUUGCUGACAGGAACCUGGCCUUCGAUGAGAGAUGUAAGAGCAUUAUGAAUGUGGCACGUGCCAAACUGGACCUGAUUAAACCCGAGGAGGUCAACAUGGAUGAAUAUGAGAUAUGGCAUCAGGACUACAGGAACUUUCGUGAAAGCACCAUCCUCAUGGUGACUGGUUUGGAGCUCUUCCAGAAGACAAAUUAUGUGGAGGCUCUCAUGUAUCUGAUUUACGCCUACCAGUACAACAAGGAGCUUUUGUUAAAAGGCCUGUACAGAGGGCACGACGAGGAGCUGCUCGGCCAUUACCGUCGAGAGUGUUUGCUGAAACUAAAUGAGCAAGCAGCCGCCAUGUUUGAGUCGGGAGAAGAGCCUGAGGUGACCACAGGCCUGGGCAUCAUGAAUGAGCUGGUGGUGCCCUGCAUCCCUCUGCUGCUGGUCCAUGAAGCAGAGAGAGACCUGUUGGCGGUGGAGGACAUGAGGAACCGCUGGUGCUCCUACCUGGGCCAAGAGAUGGAAUCUAACCUCCAGGAGAAGCUCACAGACUUCCUCCCAAAGUUGCUGGACUGCUCAACGGAGAUCAAAAGCUUCCACGACCCUCCCAAGCUGCCCACCUACUCCACCCUGGAGCUGUGCGAACGGUUCAGCCGCAUCAUGGCCGCCCUCGGCAGGGUGCCCACCGAGGGAAGAUGAGCUCAGAGGGUCGCCGAGGCGCCUCUCCCUCAUCGCAGGCCCGACACCCCGGGCAGAAAUUCAUGGACCUCUCUUUAACCCAUGCCUUCCUUAUCAAUCCAGGGGUCACUCGCUUCUAGCUGUUAUUCCUCUGUUAAUCUUUUGCUGCUAUAGGUUUUAUCAUUAUAAAUAUUAUUUCACUUUUAUUUUAAGCAAAACACGAUAGAGGACUCUGGAGGAGAGGGCAGACUGCUGGGAGGGGGAAACGUAAUGUGAGAGAAGAAGUUGAUGGAUAAACGGUGGCGAUCCUGAAAUGGUUGAAAGCCAAACACAUUCUGCUUCGGCUUAGCAAAAACGAAACAAAACAUACACACAAAAAAAAGUUUGAGGGUUUUUCCUAGUUUAUUAUUGUUGUUGUUGCAGUUUGAUUCAAGCUUCCCUGAUCGCACUCAUAGCCCUUUCCAAAGCACCCUUCUCAGUGUGAAAAGGAUCACCCUGCCGCUCCGCCUCCAGUUUGGUACAGUAUUUCCACGUUUUGUUUUAUUUUUCUAAGGAAGUGAGAGCGAGGAAGAGAGCCUUCAGAUUUAUCAGCGGCUCAAGAGGAUCUCAAAUGGGUCUCAUGUCUUUGUGGACUGCGCCAGAAUGAGAUGUUUUAAGUGCUGUGGUAGACGGUCAUGGACUUCCUGUGGCUUGUUAAUAAAUUGAGAGAAUAAAAUUUUAUUUAUGGCCCUUUUAGGCCACAUAAACAUGU